UUGUGUUGAAGGUUGUCUUUCUUUCUUUCUGGCCUGUUUAUCGCAAACCAAGGGCAGGCUGCAGCUGUAUUUUGAGGAUUUGUCAUUCAACCUAGCACUUGAUUUGUACCUGCUUCAGUUUUGAAUAGAUCCUAAGAAUUGGUAAGACAAAUGGAUGCUGAUACAAAUUCUGGGACAUCCACUCCAGAGAAUUCUGUUGAAGAAGAGUCCAUCUUUAGUAUGAUGGAUGUGUUUCUUUUCUCCAUGAUUGCUGGGCUGCUUAUUUACUGGCUGUUGUUCCGAAAAAAGAAAGAAGAAAUUCCAGAAUUUAAGAAAAUCUCAACUCCAGUACAGUCUUCAAGAGAAACUAGUUUUGUUGAAAAGAUGAAGAAAACUGGUAGAAAUGUUGUGGUAUUCUAUGGCUCGCAGACAGGGACAGCAGAGGAGUUUGCUAAUCGACUUGCAAAAGAUGCUCAGCGCUAUGGCAUGAGAGGCAUGUCUGCAGAUCCAGAGGAGUACGAAAUGUCUGAACUCAAAAAUCUCUCGGAGAUUGAGAAUUCUAUAGCUGUGUUCUGCAUGGCAACAUAUGGUGAAGGUGACCCAACUGAUAAUGCACAGGAUUUUUAUGACUGGCUUCAAGAAAGUGAUGCAGACUUGUCUGGGAUUCAGUUUGCUUCUGGAAGAGGAUUUCAUUACUUGGCGUGAGCAGUUUUGGCCAGCUGUUUGUGAACACUUUGGGGUGGAAGCCACUGGUGAUGAAUCUAGCAUUCGUCAGUAUGAGCUUGUAGUCCACACAGAUAUUAAUAUGAACAAAAUCUACAGUGGUGAGAUGGGUCGCUUAAAGAGCUACGAAAAUCAGAAACCACCCUAUGAUGCAAAAAAUCCAUUCCUUGCACCUGUGGCCGUUAAUCGAAAACUGAACAAAGGAGGAGACCGACAUCUGAUGCACAUUGAAGUGGAUGUCAGUAGCUCGAAGAUAAGGUAUGAAUCUGGGGACCAUGUAGCGGUUUACCCUGCCAAUGAGGCAUCUAUAGUGAAUAAGUUAGGAGAGGUGUUGAACGUGGACCUUGAUACUGUGUUCUCAUUAAACAAUCUUGAUGAGGAAUCCAAUAAGAAACAUCCUUUCCCAUGUCCUACUACAUAUCGCACAGCUCUGACUCAUUACCUGGAUAUCACCAAUCCACCUCGCACCAAUGUGUUGUAUGAAUUGGCACAGUAUGCAUCUGAUCCAAAGGAACAAGAAUUCCUUCGCAAGAUGGCUUCUUCUGCACCUGAAGGAAAGGCUCAGUACCUGAGUUGGGUGGUUGAGUCCAGGAGGAACAUUUUGGCCAUCUUGGAAGAUUUACCGUCUCUCCAUCCCCCUGUAGACCAUCUCUGCGAGUUAUUACCGCGCCUGCAAGCUCGUUAUUACUCCAUUGCUUCAUCCUCAAAGGUUCAUCCUAAUUCAAUCCACAUUUGUGCAGUUGUUGUGGAGUACAAGACCAAAACUGAUCGCUUAAACAAAGGUGUUGCAACAAACUGGUUAAAGAACAAGGUACCUUGCGACAAUGGCUUCAAAUCCACAGUACCAAUGUAUGUACGCAAGUCGCAAUUUAGGUUACCAUUCAAGUACAGCACACCUGUCAUUAUGAUUGGACCAGGUACUGGCAUUGCCCCGUUCAUGGGAUUUAUUCAGGAGAGGGCCUGGCUGAAGGAACAAGGAAAAGAAGUUGGUGAAACAGUACUGUACUAUGGAUGCCGGCAUGAGAAGGAAGACUACCUGUACCAGGAAGAACUGGAGCAGUAUCAGAAGAAUGGAGUGCUGACCCAGCUCAAUGUGGCUUUCUCCAGAGAUCAACCGCAAAAGGUUUAUGUGCAACAUCUGUUGAAAAACAACAAGGAACAUUUGUGGAAGUUGAUUCAUACAGAUAACGCACACAUUUAUGUUUGUGGGGAUGCUCGGAACAUGGCUAGAGAUGUGCAGAAUACUUUUUACGAUAUUGUUAGUGAACUUGGAAGUAUGAGUCGUGACCAGGCAGUAGAUUACAUAAAGAAGUUGAUGACCAAGGGUCGGUAUUCUUCAGAUGUGUGGAGUUAAGCAUAGACACCGGACAUUUUAGCCAUUAGUAAUGAUGCAAGUGCCCAUGGUUUUAAAAGCCCUGUUGAUGCUGGGAGACUGACUGACACACAGUAAAAUGAAAUUCUUUAAUUCAGUGAACUUUAUACGUCCUCCAGACUGUGGUUUCACAUUUGUAUUUUAACAAAAAACAUCAUAAAUGACCUUCAACUGUA